CUCUGCAAUUCCAGCGUUCGUUACAUUCAGCGGCGUACACCGGUGUUUUGUUGAUGUUAUUUUGUAACACACUGGAAAGAUUAUUUCCGUUAAAUCUCGGUUUAUUACGUUUUUAUUUCAAGUUUAGUAAUGUGUAUUACCUGUUUGUAACGUAAAAUAGUUCUUUAAUUGCAUAAUUCUGACCUUCACUUGAGUGUAUUUGGGACGCCCCAGUGUUAAUAGCAAGUAUCCGAAUUUCUGGCAAGUUUUUCUGAAACCUUAGUCGCUUUAAAUUAGUUUACACGUUAAUGACAUUACACCGACUUUGCUUAUAACAGCUAAAUCUUUUUCUUCAAUAAAGUAAUUCUCGCUUGUCCCAAAUCGUUGAAGCGAUAAAAAGAAACAUCCGUAUACUGUUGCUGACCUUGCUUAAUGCUAACCGCUUAGCUUCGGUGCUAACUUGUAUUUAUUUUUUUCUGCGGGGAAAAUGGAACAUGAAGACUACACUGACAUCAGUGGCAAACCAAUAUCUCUGGACUGUCAAAACCAUUGCAGUUUUUGCCGUGAGUUUACUGUCAGCUCGCCCAAAAUGUCUAUCGCCAAGGUGAUGGCGUACACCUGUACCGUUUGGCUAGCUGCUUAUACGGUGUUCUUUUUUACUGAAAACACAGCCGUGCUCACAGGUGCCAUCCUGCUAACCCUGCUGGGAAUGAUGCUGCACAUCCACCUGGUGAAGGUGGACCAUGAAUCGGUGCUCAUAAUCGGCUCAAUGGGCAUCCAGGUCUCCUCCAGCUAUGCAUCAGGAAGGGAGACGAGCACCUUCAUUGAGAUGAGCCAAGUCAAAGAUGUGGUCAUUAAUGAAGCAAUUUACAUGCAUCAAAUCAUCUACUACCUUUGUAUACUGCUGAAGGAUCCUUCAAGACCUGAUGAUGUGUCAAACGUGGUGCCGUUGUUUCAGAGCUCAAAGCCAAGGUUGAACUGCUUGGUUAAAGUAUACAAAAGUUGUCAGGAGAUUCUUUCAAAAUGCUGACAGCUCAUACACAGCCACCUGUCCUUAUUUACUGUAUUUAUUACAUUUACGAAGUUAUUAAUAAGAUAUGUUUAUUUCUCAUGUUUUUCCACCGUUAGUAACUGCAGGAAUAUACUUGGACAACAUUAUGUAUAUACAGCGUAGACAUGUGCUGAUUACCGGUUUCAAGGUAUGCCGUAUUAUGAAAACUAGUGAUGGCCAAAUGAAGCCUCAUGAAGUAAUUAAGCUUUGCAGCCAAUUGGUUUGCACAUGUAGCAAAGCUUCAUGGUGCUUCAUUCACUCUAUGGCGCCAUCAAGUGGUCUAGAAGCCCAAGAGGUCAACUAAGGAUAAUUUGUUAUUCAUUUUUAUUGAGAAAUAAUAGCUUUCCCACAGUGGCUGGCUUUAAAUGGUUUCUUUUUUUUGGACAAUAUUUCACCAGCUUUAGAAAAUAUUCUUUCACAAGGCACAGAUGAAGCUGGGGUGCAGAUAAAUGUGGGUGCCAGUUUAUAUAAAUUUGGGUAGGUAUUCUUUUGUGCCUCCCAGUACACUAAUGGAUUGUUCAUUCUGUUGAUGUUUGGUUCAGAUAGGUACACACACACUCACAUUUAUAUUAAUGUAGUUCUUCUCCCUUAUCUUAUUGAAAGCAAUCAAAUCAAAAUGUUCCCAUACAGGGGAGGAUUGCUUUUUUCGCGCAGGUUCCAUCGUAAGCAAAGGACAAGGCUCGAAAAAAAAUUGCACUGGUUGCACUGUUGCGCACAGAUGUAACAAGUACAGGAGCCCGAAAUGCACAAAAUGUGAGAUAACAGGCGAUCGCCAUUGCGUUUUGCAACCAAUUUAUACCGUAGUCUGUAGCCUACUGUGUUUGCAAUGCGCGCCAAACGUCGGAUCACUUCCGAAGUGUACAAAAGAUUCAGCCGGCCGGCGAGGCUUCUCAAGUCAGCAUGUCCGGGUUUUGCCGAAAAGACGCGCGCCUCGCUACAAGCUUCGUGGAAACGCCCCUCCCAUUACUCGACACAAGCAUCGGAACCUCGGCCCAUUUCGUCCCAUCACUAAUGAAAACGUCACGGUUUCAAAACCGCAAGAAUUUUCCGUCAUACCGUUCUUAAGGUAUUAGAUAUUUUUUAUGUCCCAAAAAUGCAGGAAGAAAUCCCUUGUUCGCAGAUGCAAGGAUCAACCCUCCCCCACCGGUUGUUGCUUUGUGUCAGUGAGUCAGCUGUGCAAUACGAUGGCUGGAGGAGGUGAAACUCCUGAACUUUUUCCCCCAUCUGAGAAAACUAAAUCGCUGGUAUGGGAAUAUUCCUGCUACAGAAAAGUUAGACUGCCGGCCAACCGACAUAUAAAACAAGUUUGCGGAGGGUGGCUGCCUAGGAGGCAAUACCUUCAAUAUUUCGCAUUUAUACAAAUAUAAAGGUUAUUAAACACUGCCAUGAACGUUUCUCGCCAGUUACAAGAGUUAACUCCAGUGUGUUUAGUGUGUCUAGCUGUGGUAAAAUGGGGUGUUUUUUUUCUCCCUGGCAACUGUCUGUGUUGAAAAAAGAGAGUGUGUAGAAUGUAAACAUGAUACCGAUCAUACACACGCUUUUUAAGCGGGAAAUUGUUGUUGUUUUUUUUUUUCUGAUGCUAAUAAUGUUGAGCCGUGGGUUUAGGCUCACCGAAAGGACUGUAUUUAUUUUAAUUUUAUUCAGAAAAUUUCAGUUAUUUUUUGUUAUAAUUUUAAUGUAUUUUAACUUAGCAUUGUACUUAUGCUCCAAUUUGCUAAUAUGUUUUGAAAAAUAAAAAUCCUGUUCAAUGGGAAAAAAAAGUUUUGUUUUUUUUAACCCAGAUAACACAUUUUAGAGCUGUUAUUGCAAUACCGUGAUUCCGUAAAACAGUGAUAUUUUGGCUGAAGGUUAUCAUACCGCCAGAAUCUCAUACUGAUACAUGCCUAAUACAGUGCACGUCAUAAUGGAGUUUACUGGACUCUAACUGAUAUUUCAGAAAACCUUUGUUUUGUCCACAGCAAUAUACAGUGCCUUGCAAAA